ACGUUUAGCCAUGACAGAAAGAUGUCACAGAACUAUUACUGAAAAAUUUCGCAGCCAAAAUUUUCUAUUUUGCGGUGGAAUUGUUGUUGCCUUUCUUGCUAUUCUAUAUGUUUAUAAAUUUCACUUGAUCACAAUUGUUUUGAGUUAUGGAUUGGGAUGUGUGGUUUGUUAUUAUGGUGUUACAACAGAUGUUUUAUCUUAUUGUCUAGAGCAACUAUCGUGCCACUUCAUAGAGACAUCUCAAUCACCAGAGGAAGGCAAACACAAGGGUUGUAAUACCUGUGGCAUCAAUAACUGUGAUCGACAUGACCCGGAGAUAUCUGAGGAGCCGUGGUGUGGGCUACAAAUACACAAACAAUUGGAUCAAGCCAUCGAAGAUUUUUACAAUACAAUUUUAGAACAAUAUGUAAACUCGUGGUAUACCAAGAUAACACUGCAGCCAUUCUUUGUCGAUGAGCUUCGGUAUCAGCUGAGGUACGCGUCUGCGUUGUUACUGAGAAGAGCCUUAAAGAUUGAUUAUGCCAAACUAAUAACUGAGCGGCUAGUGCCCUGUGCGCUCAGGCACUACAGUGUCGUGUCGACGGGACACAAACCCAGCAUCCAUGUUGCAGCUAGCAAUCGAAGCGCAGAACUCAGAUACCUGAGAUGCCUGACGGAAGCCAUAUUGCCGUAUCUCCUGCGGUCGACGGAGACCAAAAAUCCGGUGUUCAAAGUAUUAAUUCGCGAGAUAUUCGCUGGGUGGGUUCUGCUGUCUCUCACAGACGUGCUGGCGGAUCCCUACAUCCUCAAUAUGCUCAUUAUAUUAGCAACUAGUAAGGAAACAAUGGCACAGUUGCCUGCUACACCCAAUUAUAAGGUGGAAUUUCUGGAGACAUUCGUCCGACAGUCCGAGUCCGUGUACAUGAAGCGGGCUAAACUACUGCACAUAGAGCUUGAACUGUUGGUGAACGAGCAACAGCACUUCUACGCUUUCAUGCAGCAUCUCAAGACCACAUACAACAUUCACGUGCUGCAGUUCUAUAAGGAUAUUAAAUCGUUUCAGUCGCGGAUAUUGAAUCCGGAGCUGACGUCACAGGAGCAGGCCAACCUUCACCGCGAGGCGACUGAGCUGUACCUGCGAUACAUCGCGGUAAGCAUGCCGCGGGUGGAACUGCCAGACGCGAUGCAACUCGAACUGAAAGAACUCCUCGACGCUGGACCGGAUGCCGUCAAACGUUUACAGACGAGUCGCGCUCUGUACCAAGCGGCGAGACAAUCUCACGCCGUGCUGGAGAAGGUUCUGAUGCCGAGGUUCCUCCACAGUGAUGAGUUCUAUAAACUUCUGAUUGGUCCAAGAGUACCAACCGGCUACCAAAAACAAAUGACCAGGCGUCCUCAAGACAAACAGCGUCUAGGAGCGCGAGUACGGAACGCUAUGCGCUCGCAGACGUUGGACGGACAAGUACUGGACUCCAACUCGGAGCUGAGCGAGGACUCCAUAGACAAUGUCGAUAUAUUGAAGUACUUGGACUCGCUGGCCGCUGAAGAUACCUUGGGGGAUCAAGAUUUGAGCACGUACAAAGUGGUCUUAACUCACGUGGAGAUUAGAAUGCAACCGUCUCCCCGGCGCGGCCCGGUGCGCGUGUUCACCCUGGCCGUGCACCGCGCGCGGCCCACUCUCACCGCGGCCUUCUGGAGCUUGCGGCGCACGGAGCACGACUUCCACCUGCUUCGGGCCAAGCUCACCGAGUUCCACGGAGACCGUUUGCUGGCCCACUUGCCGCUACCAUCAAGAAGGGACAAUAGCCCUCUGGAAACACUUAGGUACAAAUAUGAAGACUUCCUUCAGAGGAUACUCCAGAUAACACUGCUUCAGUCCAGCGAACUAUUAUAUUUGUUCCUUACAGUGGACAAUGACUUCGGUCUGGUAGUACAAGCGUCAACUCUCAAUGUUUCCCCAGAUUUGGGUAACAUUUAUCAGUCAGUUGCCCAUAAGUUGAGAAAAGAGAAGGGACAACAUUUGGAGAGCUUCCUCAGGAGUUUCUUGAUCUCAUCGGACAAGGAGCGAUAUCAAGCUUUAAAACAAGGAACAACCCGCGACGUAGAGGAAGGGGUUGAAGUAAACGAACGUGAGUCUAACACCGUGAUGCAACGCGUGGACAACAGUCGCAAUUAUAUGAACACAAUAUUCGAGAACAACUUUGAUGUACAUCCCGUGCCCCAGCGAGCCUCUGCCAGCGGGCAUACAGAACUACGAGGAUUCACACACUGCCUCAUGUAUAUAUUAUUAAAGGUAGUACGGGCGCGCGGUAUUGUGGCCUGCGUGCUCGGGCAGUGUCUGGCGCUGUGUGGCUCGGUAGUCGAGCCGGCGGCCAACAGGCUCGCGAACACUUGGCUCGCCGAGCUGCUCGCCGAGCGGAGGCUGGCGCACCUCGUGCGGCUUGGACACGGUGUAAUAUUCGGCAAGAGGUCAUCCCCGCGCAUGGACGCGGAAGCUCAGCGCGAGCUGGCGCGCGGGCGGCUCAUGGGGCGCCACACGUCGGGCGCCGCGCUGCUGCUGGGGGGCGGAGUCCCCGUGGCGCUGCUCACGGCCUUCGAGGUCAUACAGAGUCCACAGCUUAAUAAACAGUUGGUGUACAAUUUGUUGGAUCUCUGUAUACUGGAGCUGUUCCCAGAGCUGCAGACCAUAGAUAGUAGAGAAAGGAAUAGUUGAGAUUGUGUCAUAAUAUUAUUUAUAGAUUAUAUAUAAUUUAUUAUUUUAAAAUUCGUUUAUAAUGUGUGCAUCUUUAUUAUUACAACUAUACAAUAAUGUAAAUAAAAGAUAUUUUUCUAUUAGUAUUAUUUUGAAAUCUCUAGAUGUGAUUGAGGUUUCGAUGAUGUUGUAUAGUGACGCCAAAUAAAUUAUUUUCUUAUU